AUGGCUACCCCGACGAUGAAGGCGGCUCGUUAUCAUCCUGAGACGAAUAAGUGCACGAUAGACGAGAUUCCGAUCCCAAGCAUCAACGACAAUGAGAUAUUGGUCAAGAUAGCCUCCGCCAGCUUGUGUCACUCGGAUCUGAUGUUGUUUGAUGGGUCAAUUCCUGCUACGGAGCCAGUAGUGAUGGGCCACGAGGGCGUAGGCUAUGUAGAGAGGCUGGGUUCCAAUGUGAAGGGUUUCAAACCUGGGAAUCGCAUAGGGUUUCUCUAUAUUAAAGGGGUCUGCUUCGAGUGCGAAGGAUGCAUGGUGCACAAUCUCAACUGUACGCUAGGCACCGCCAAACUUCAGGGUUUCCAGUCCGACGGUUUCUUUGCAGAGUAUGCCGCAGUGGAUUAUCGUAACGCCAUUAUUCUCCCAGAAAAUCUUCCGAUGGAGACCUCAGCACCAUAUUUCUGUGCUGGUAUUACAGCUUUUCACGGAGUCGAUUCCUGUGGUCUCAAACGGGGCCAAUGGAUUGUUAUCGUGGGUUGCGGGGGUCUUGGACAGAUGGGCAUUCGGUUCGCCAAAGCCAUGGGCUUGAACGUCGUGGGUCUCGAUAUCAACGAUGGGGUGCUUACAGCAGCAAAGGAGAACGGGGCAGAUGUCACGGUCAACAGCAAAGAUGCCGAGUUCGAGAAGAAAAUAAGGGAUGCUACUGGCGGAGGCGCGGACGCUGCUGUAGUCUUCAGCGCUGCCCAAGCCGCCUACGAUAGCGCCACCAAAGUCCUGCGCCUUGGUGGUAUUCUGAUGGUGAUCGGACUUCCCUCGAAACCGCUUCAAUUCUCUGCUUUAGAGUUGAUGAGGAAGCUAUAUCAAAUCAGAAGUGAAAGUACGGGUCCUCCACAACAGAUGCCACGUGCAGUCGAGUUCAUUUCAAAGCAUAACAUCAAGCCGAAAGUCGAGCUGUACAAGCUUGACCAAAUCAACGAGAUGAUGGAUCUGAUGAAAAGCGGGAAGUCCAAGUCAAGAAUGGCGGUGGUGUUUUGA